UUCGUUCGAAAAUUUAACGGCUCUCGAACCGUUCGGACGUGUCGCUCUCGGUGCGCGUGUGUGUGAGUGGCGAAUAUAAAUAUCGGGGAAAAAGCUCGCACGUGCGACGCUUGCGAAAAAAAUAUUGGAAAUAUAUAUAUGUAUAUGUAUGUGGCGAAGAGAGGCGCCCAGCCAGGCGGAAUACAAAUAAAUAUUCAAUAACGAGUGCAAAAAUAAUUUGCAAGCGCUAAAAAGAUUUAUAAAUAGUGCAACAACAACGGCAGCAACAGCAACAACCACACCACCACCAAGAGCAACAGCAACAACAACAACAAAAGCGACACAAUAAAAGAAUUUGUCAGGCGGCGUUUGUUUUUGUUCUCCCUCGCUCUCCCUCGCUGUCUCUCUCUUUCUGUCUGUGCCGUGCUUUCCUUUCCGUCUCUGUCUGCCGCCGGCCUUCGUCGCGUGUGUGCGUGUGUCCCCGUGUGCGUGUAUAUAAAUAUAUGUGUGUGUGUGUGCGUGCGUCGUCUGUGCAGCGCAAAGAUAAAAAAGUUCAGAAAUUGAGAUAUACGAAAUGAAAUACAAAAAUUCAACUUAAGAAAUUGCGCCGAAGUGAAGGAAUUAAUUUAUGGCGAAAAUUUAAUAAGUGCAUGGCAAAGGAAUAGAAAAAGUGCGCACAAGUUGUACACAGCCGACAAAAGCCGGCCCCCGAUUUAUAUAUAUGUAUUUCUUCUAAAAAUACGACUCAAAUAAUAUCGAAAUAUUCGAAACACGCGACAAAAGUUUUGAAGGCAAGAAAUUUUGAAUCCUGUGUGCGAGUCUGCGAGCUGAAAUGCCGUCGGCAAAAUGCAAAUGCAAAUGCAACGAAAUUAGUUAAACUAGCUCUCUCACUGACAAAAUCAAACUAAAACCAAUCCAAUCAUCAACGAAUGUGCCAAAUUGUUAAGUGAAGUGCAAGUGAAGAAGUCGCAACGAUUGUAGCCGUAACCUUUCAAGUAAUCAAUAGUAUGGAUCCCAAUCGUAACCCAAUAAACAAAUAAAGAGUUUAGAUAAACAGCAACACAGCAACAGCAACUAUCUUGCAUAAACCAGUUGAAAAUCGAGAAGGAUCACAAUUGGCAUCUGGUGAAAAUGGAGUACUAGUGGCAGCGGAAACUGGUUAACUAAAGUAUUGCCCACAAAAUGACCGAAUACGUAACGCCCAUGAUCAGCACCGUCUUGAAGAAAUACCAGACGAGUGCCACGAAAUCGCUCCAGGGACCAGGACACGCCCUCACCACCGCCGGUGUCCUCGACAUCGUCACCAAUGGCAGGAGCGAGAGUCCCCGAGAGCACAAUGGCAAGUGCCAGGCAUCACCGCCAGUUGUGGCGCUGAUCAAAAAGGAAAUACUCAGUUCGCCGGAGCCGCAGGAUCUCCAUCACCACCAUCAUCACGAUUGCUCGACGAGGGGCACACCGCCACAGAUAUAUUCACCCGCCACGCCACCCAGGGAACUAUCACAGCCGAUUCUAUCGGUGGCGGAUGCGGGAUGCGGCGAAUUGUACGAGACGAAACUGGAGGGCAAGACCAUUGGUUGCUUCUCUGUGGGCGGCGAGAUGAGACUGUGCCUGCCACAGUUCCUCAACAAUGUCCUCAACGACUUCUCCCUGGAGCAGAUCAACAGGAUCUUCGAUGAACUGGGCAUCUACUGCUCGCAGUGCACGAACGAUCAGCUGGUGGAGUUCAAGGCCGCCAAGAUCCUGCCAUCCGAUGUCAAGGCCAGUGGCCUGAUCACCCGUACCGAUGCGGAGCGCCUCUGUGCCGCCCUGCUCCAUCGCUCGGACCGGAAUAGCUAUGUGCCGAUCGAGAGUUUGGCCAAGGGAGCGCUCAGCUUUCACGUGUAUCACAAGUGCUUUGGCAAGUGCGAGGGCAUCUGCACCCCGGACAUGUACUCCUACCAGAAACCGACCUGCAUCAAGUGCCUGGAGUGCGACGGCUGGUUCUCGCCCCAGAAAUUCGUGGGUCAUGUGCAUCGCAAGUUCGAGAACCACACCUGCCACUGGGGCUUCGAUUCGCGCAACUGGCACGACUACCUCCAUGUGGCGCUCGAUGUGGAGAAUCGCGAGAAGUACCAGAUCAUCCUCGAUCAAUUGAAGGAGGUGGAGCUUAAAGAGAUGCACAAGGCGCAGCGGGAAUUGGAUCACAAGAAGAGAAAGGCGGAAAUGCUCAUGGAUGACGGUCUGCUGGGCUCUGGUCCUGUUCUCGGACUGGCGGGACAUCCACAUGGACUGGUGGGCGCCUUGGCUCCGCCGCCGCCACCGCCGAUGAAGCAGCCGCAGAUGGACAUUCCCAGUGGCAAGAAGCAGCUGCAGCAGCUGAAGGGAGCGACGGUUGCCGCAUCCGCGCUGGAGUAUCAGUACCAGGUCAUGUACGCGCACUGUGUGCAGAAGGAGCGGGAAAGGGAGCGAGAGCACCUGCCCCACUCGCAUCCCCUGCCCCGCCAGCAUCGUGCCGUUUUGGUGGCCACCGCACCCUAUCCACACUUGCCCCAAUAUCCGACACCACCCACGCUGAACUCCUCGUCGGCCUUCCGACCUUGGGGGCCAGACACCACCAAAGCUUUUCUGCACGCCUAUGGCGCCACGUUGUCGUCACUACCCUAUGCCUGCCAGGAGCCACCAGAGCUUCAGAAUCCGGAGCGGGUGGUGCGGAGUACGGACAAGCGGUAUGCGGAGAGGACUUACCAACCCAAUGUGGCCUUGGCACCCAGAAAGAGUAUUCUCUCCAAGGAGAGGGACAAGGAUCGGGAGCGAAUGGAAAGGGAGGUGAUGGAACGCCAGAGAUUGAGGGAGAAGGAGACGGAUCACCAGGUGGUGCACAUCAAGCAGGAGCGCUCGCAGACACCCACACCACCGUCGGCAUCGGCAUCGCCGCCCGACGGUGUGCCACCACCGCCACUGGAUGUCGUCGAACCGCCACACCCCUCCUCGAGUGGCAGCAACUCACCACUACCCGCCCACCUGCCCGCAGCACCAGCCACUGCACCACCCCAUGCAGGUGGUGCACCGCCCACACCAACUAGCCUUCGGAAUAUGCGCAGUCCGGAGGAGUUCUCGGCGGGUGGCAGCAAUGAGAUAACCUCCUCCACCUCACCCCACCACCAGCAGUCGUCGCACCACCAGGUGGCGCAGCAGACGGCCGGUGCCCCACCACCGUCGCAGCACAUCAUAGCCACCGUUAAUCAGCAUGCCAAACUUUUGCCCAGCUCCAGUUCCCUGCCAAACGGUAAUGGCACCUCAUCGCUAGCCGCCACAAACAACGAACCGAGUCGGAUAAGGAUCAACAAGAACCUGAUGAGUCAGCAGCCGGUGGUUGCGGUGAGCGGCAUUACACCACAUCACCACCAGCAUCACCCCACGCACAUGCAUCACUUUAGCCAUGGGUACUACAAAAGUCAGACCUCAUCACCCACUCAAUCCUCCAGUGCUGGCCUGAACCUGAGUACCCACUCAUCGAACGUGGUCAGCUCGCCGCAUCAUGCGACUGCAGCCAAGAGCCACCACAGCUCGGGAGGAUCUGGGAACCAUAGUUCCCAGCAGAAUGGUAAGCCCCAUUUGGGCAGUGAAUUUGAGUUAUCCACGGACACCGAUGAUACGGACAGUCUGAACGGAGAGCCCGACUCGAGUGCCAUGUUACCACCCUGGGAGCAGGCUGUGGAGUCCCUCAGAGAAACUCGGCCCAAGGACCGGGAGAGAGUCCUCCUGAUACUCCAGAGAUUACUGCAGGAGAACGAUCAGUAUCGCUAUAAUAACAUUCAAUUGAGUGAACUGCUCCACAAACAAGAUGCCCACAUAGCCGAUCUUACGGAGCAACUCCAACGCUAUCGCAGACAAUUCGAGGAGCAGGUCCGUAAAGUAGAUCUUCGAAAGAUGCCAUUCAAGCACCAAACCCGGCUGGAGCACGUAGUGGAAGAGGGUCGCGGAGAAGCGGAAGAGGACGACGAGCUUGAGGAGGAGGAAAUGGAGGACAGGGCUAAUAACAAUAAUCAACAGGAGCCAUCUCCCCUGGUAAAGGCCCCAACCAAUGGUCUGCGGCGGAGUGUCACGCCCCCAAAUUCAUGUGGUAGUGAAGGGGGGGAGUGCGAGAAACCAGAGGAGCCUGAAAGCAAGCGGAUAAAGUUGCAGGCUGGGGAGAAAAUUGAGGACAAGCAAGUGGAGGAUGUGGAAAGUCCUUCCAAUGGCACGGAGUCGCACGAUCUGGAAAAACUUGAAAAAAUAGGCGAAAAAACUCACCCAACUAAUAAUCCCAAAAGUCCGCAGCCCAGUCAAAUUUCCAGCGACGAGGAAAUGGAGGAGGAUGAAGACGACGACGACGAGGAGGAUGAAGAGGUUCAAAUCGAGGCUCCCCACAGUAGUGCUCUAGCCACGCCCCCCACGGCCACAACGCCCCUUUCGCCGGACUCGGCGGCAACUGCCGGACAGUUGUUCGAUAGUAGUAAUAGCAGCGACGAGUCCUCGAUGAAGAAGGCCCAGAUGUCCGCCUGCCAUGCACUGGAGAAAAUGAGCAGCAAUGUUGGCAGCGACGACAACAAUCAGAGGCACGCAGAGGAAAGUCAGGAGGAGGAGGAGGAGGAGGAUGCGGAUGAGGAGGAGCCCGAGGAGGAUCCGGAAGAGGAGGACUCCGAUGACGAUGAAAUGCCAUUGCAGCAGCGACAGCAACAGCAGCAGCAGCGCCAGCGGGUUGGAACCCAGAGUGUGCUCAGUGGAUCAGCCGUCGCCGGACAGCAACCAGCACCACCACCACAUCCCCCGAUGGCCACCAAGGCCAGCAAGAAGCAGACACCACCAGCACCACCCACUGCGGCCGCAACCACCACUGCAUCAGCAACAACGAACUGCGAGUUACAAAUCAAAAAGGAAAUAGCCUAGAGAUAGAAGCCCCGAAAACCUCUCAAAGAAAAGCUCUUUCACACACACAACCGAAACGUUUGAAACUCAGUUAAAAUCCCAUUUCUUUUGGAGAAGAAAGUGCAGCCGAAAUUCAAGCACAAAGCCUAAACGCACAUGUUUUUCAUUGUAGGCUUAUUUUAGAGAAAGUAAAAUGCUUCGUAACCAGAACAGAAUGAAAUCUAGGUGGCAAAAAGUUGCUUUUAAAUUGUACAAUAUCAAAUGUAUGGGACGGCACUGUAAAAAUUAAAGCAUAUGUAUUUAAAUAAUUUAAAUAUGGGCAUUCAAAGCAAACUGUUUUAAGAGCUAAAAAUCAUUCGAAAAACUUUGAAAAUUUCUAUACAAAAUUUAAGAUUUUUAAUGCUCAUUAUUUAUUCCGUGAGUAUGGAUGCUUUUGUGAAAAACAGUUUAAAAGCCUAUAUUAUAGAAAUUUUAAUUUGUGACUUCAUACAUAAAGACCAGGAAAUUUUAAAACUUUCUUUGCAACACAUUUCCUUUAAUGCAAAAUCUAUUCAAAAUUUUAGGAAACAUUUUAAAACGCUUUUAAACAGCUUGAAUUGAUCUCACUUUUAAAAACAAAAAGGACAAAUGGUAAUUAAUAUAGGCUUCUCCAUUUCGAAAAACUUUCAGCGUUGCUUGCAAAAAUUAUAAAUGAAACCAAAGCUUUAAAAAAAUUAAAUUUUUUGUAUAUUAUUCAACUACAAAUUUGUGCGUGUUUUUACCACUUACUGUUUAACCUAAUUAAGUUAUUAUUUUUUAUCUCGUAAGCUCUGCAAGACAUUUAAACCCAAAACAAUAUUCAAAGCGAGGCUUUCGAAACAAAAUUUAGGAAAGGUUUUUUCUUUGGUCACACAGGCAGCUGGUUCUUAUGUCAGUGGGCAUCGCCCUCUGGAAACCAAUGUAAUUAAAUUAAGUUUAAUCCUACCUUUAAGUUGAACAUACAAGUUGAUAGAGUUGAUAGAGCAAAGAGAGAGAAAACACACAAAAUGAACCCACCACAGACAACAAGAAAACAAAAAUAAGAAAUGCUAAACAAUUCUAAGAUAAUUCAUCGUAAUGGAAGUGUAACACAUUUUUAUGUAUAAGAAGUUGCCGCGUUAAAAAUUAUAACAUACAAAAGUGAGUAAUAUAUAUUAUAUAUAUCGCAGAAUAUGAUAUAUUAUGCAGCACAUGCAGCAAGUGCGGAUUAUUCAUUAAUGCUAAGCCUUAGCGAGAAGCAUAAACAUAUACAUAAAGAUUAAUAUUUAUUGUAGCUGCUAGACAUAAUUCGAGCAAUUCUCUUAAUUGUAUAAUUAUAGUCUUCUGUUCUUCUUCACUUUGUAAGCUUUGCUCUGUAGGCAUUUAGUUUCAUACAUAGAUCGUAACCAUACAACAAUCAAAUUUUUGCUAACUAGUUCUUAAGGCUUCUCUUCGGCGAAGCUCUUUCCCCAUUGCGAAAUUGUGAAUGGCAUCGAAUGGUCCCUUUUUUGUAUAUAUCAUUUUUCCUUCGACGAGAUUAGAGUACUAUUGAUUUUAGUUGCCAACACUUUGUGAAAAACAUGUAUAUGCUAUAUAUCUUCUGGAUGAUAACCAACUGGAAAUAAACCGAAGCCAAGAGCCAAGCGAAAAGAACGCAGAGAUUUCUAAAAUCUAUAAACUUUUGUUAUAAAAACAUAUUUCAUAAAUUAUUUAUGCCUGUGUGUGUUUGUACUUUCUAAAAGAAAACAUUUCGAUCUGUAUUUAAGAAUACAUUUUCUAAGCUAAAACAAAAUAAAAAAAAACGAAAAGGCAACAAAAACAUUUAAACAAAUUCAAACCAAAAUUGGUCUUUAUCUUAAGCUAAAACUGUGUAAAGUUGUAUAAAUUUAAAAAGCGAUAAACGAAACCUUUAUAAAUUAAAUAAAAUAAUUUAAAUUGAGACAUCUAGCAUGCGAAAUUUCAUUGUUAUACAUAUUUAAAAGCGUUAUAAAAUGCAAAAAAAAUAUUGAAAAAAAAAAACAAAUUACAAUUGCUAUGCAAAAUAAAUACAAAAAUAUACUUAUUAUUGUAAAUGAAUUCUCUCAAA